UUCCUCUGACUGACCACACAGUUGCUGUCACCACUCACUCAGUAAACAACCUUCAGCUUCUCUGCCGGCAGGUUUGCAGCAUGGAACAACUCAACUCCACUGUGGUCACUUCUAACAUUUCCUCCUCUCCUGGAUAUCCACCUCUUGAAUCCUGGGACUCCAGAGGUCUGGUCCCUGCGGUGGUGCUGUCCCUCUGCUUCCUGCUGGGAGUUCCCGGAAACAUCGCUGUGAUCAUCCUCAAACCAAACUGGCAGCACCUGUCCAGUGUGAGCCAGAGUUUGAUGCUGAAUUUGGCCAUAUCAGACCUGCUCUGCCUGCUCACCCUGCCUCUGUGGAUUUACACUUAUCUGUACAGCUGGACCCUCGGCCAGGUGGCCUGUAAGCUCCUAGCGUAUCUAAUGUACUGCAGCCUUUAUGGUAGCCUGCUGACUGUGACGGUGCUGAGUGUCCAGCGCUACCUACAGGUGGUGUACCUGCAGAAGUGCUUACAUCAGCUGAAAAUGUAUAAAUUGAAAAUAUUAGAAGUAAAGAAUAAAUGUCUCUGAUAAAUUGUGUAAUGAAUGUU